AUGGUUCAUCCAUGGAGCACAGUGCUCUUCGCAGUAACCGUAUUAGCAAAGUCUCAGUACGGUGAAAACCACGUCGCCAUCAACUUUGACUCGCAGCUUGUAGAGAAGACGGCGUUUCCGGAGCCCAAUGUCACGCUACAUAGUCCUGCAUUUCGGACGAAUGCUACCUUGACCCCUGGUUGGCUAUUUGGGACGGAGGGUGUCACGUCGCCUUCCCAGCUCAAUGACUUCCUGCGCAACAUUGCAGAGAAGAAUCCGACAUGGGCAAAGUACGACGUGGCGCCUUUUGUGAGCGAAGAGGGAGAAGCAUUCCCUUAUGUGUACUUGUCCACUACGGGGAACAGCACCUCCCAUAAGCUGAGAGUAUGGAUUCAAGCUUCCGUCCACGGCAAUGAGCCAGCUGGCGAUGAAGCGACGCUCGCGCUUCUCGGCGCUAUGGAUCAAGAUCCUGGGUGGGCAUUGGGAUUCCUGGAGAAGAUGGAUGUUCUUGUCCUACCACGGUACAAUCCCGAUGGAAAUGCUUAUCGAGAACAAACAUGCAAUCCAGCGACUCACACACAACUUGCAGACUUUCAACGUGCUUUGGCAACCAAUUUCGACCCAAACAGAGAUCACACAAAGCUUUUCCGCCAACAGACCCGUGAUAUCAAGGCCUGGUUUUCAUCCUACGCGCCCAACAUCGCAGUUGACUUGCAUGAAUAUGGCGCCGGUACCCGAUACGCCCGUGACUACAGCAAUGCGGCAGACGGCAUGUUCAGCGCAGCAAAGAAUCUCAACAUCCACCCAGACAUUCGGAGACUGAGUGAGACAGUAUUUGCACCUGCUAUUCAGGAGAGUCUGGAAAGCGCGGGCUUGAGGGGUGAGCCGUACGUGACGGCGUCGCGGACGAAUGGAACGCCCAUCUUGGACGAAGCCGGUACGGACGCGAAGAUUGGGCGGAAUGCCAUGGGCUUGACACAGUGUGUCACCUUUCUCACCGAAACUCGCGGCAUAGGCAUUGCAAGCCAGUCGUUCAAACGCCGAACGUAUGCGGGUCUGCGCAUGAUCCUCGGGGUGUUGAACACAGCGCGGGACCAAGCUGCCAAUGUGCAAAAGACGAUUGAAGACGCUAUUGACGACUGGGAGCAGAGUAAAGAGGACAUUGUGGUCACCGACUACACGACCUCUGCGAAUCGCACGUAUACCAUGGUCGAUCGACGCAACGGCGAGGUGGUGCAAUUACCGGUAGAAUUCAGCAGUGCUACGCCCGCCAUGGCAAAUCUCACGCGCACACGGCCAGAAGCCUAUAUCAUCCCGCGCGCAUGGUCUGAUCUAGCUGAUCGUCUGCGCGUCUCGGGCCUCGAGGUCGAAACGCUAGACGAGGGAUUUGAGGGUCAGGUGGAAGUCUACAACAUCACCUCUAGCAGCCUCGCAUCCUCCUACUACGAAGGUACUAUCCUCAAUACCGUCACUACACAGACACUGGUCCAAAAAGUCAGUCUACCCAAGGGCAGCUUCUGGGUCAGCAGUGCGCAGAAGAAUGCGGGCUUGGCUUUUGUCGCCCUGGAGCCAGAGAACAUUGAUUCCUAUGUUAGUUUUGGCAUUGUACCGAUGGAGGUUGCCGAUCUCUACCCCGUGUUCAGAACGAAAUUUUGCAUGUCUCCCGUCACCCGCUUCCAUCCUUCAUGGUGGAGAUUCCCUCUUUUCACGCCUACUCAACCACUCGGCAAACCAGGUAACAGCCCUAUCUUUACCUUUGGCCAUGGCCUCCUUCUCGCCUUCCAACCGUUCACGUCCCUUGGACAGACAGCCAUGUUGUACGCCAGGCAAAUGCACAUACUCAAACGGCACGCUCUUCUUCUGCACCACCAUCUUCUGGAAAGCAUAUGCCUUCAUCUCCUCGGAAAACUGGGAAUCGAUUUCUGGAGCCAGUACCAUGAUCGGUGCCUCGACAUGAUCCCAGUCUUCGUUGGUGAUCCACGACGGGUGCGCAACGACUGCUGCAUCGACGACGGGCGGGCGGCCAUUGAUACGAGAGGCUAG